GAGGUGCCGGCGCCGGCCGUGUGCGAGGGCUGCCAGCGGCCCAUCGCCGACCGCUUCCUGCUGCGGGUGAACGAGUCGUCGUGGCACGAGGAGUGCCUGCAGUGCGCCGCGUGCCAGCAGGCGCUCACCACCAGCUGCUACCUCCGCGACCGCAAGCUCUACUGCAAGCAGGACUACCAGCAGCUGUUUGCUGCUAAGUGCAGUGGCUGCAUGGAGAAGAUUGCCCCGACGGAGUUUGUGAUGAGGGCCUUGGAGUGUGUCUACCACUUAAGCUGCUUCUGCUGCUGUGUUUGUGAGCGGCAGCUGAGGAAAGGGGACGAGUUUGUUCUGAAGGAAGGACAAUUGCUCUGCAAAAGUGACUAUGAAAAAGAAAAAGACCUGCUGAGCUCCGUCAGCCCAGACGACUCCGACUCAGUGAAAAGCGAUGACGAGGAUGGAGAUGUCAAGCCAACCAAAGGACAAGUGAACCAAGGGAAAGGGAGUGAUGAUGGGAAAGACCCAAGGAGGCCCAAACGACCAAGAACUAUCCUUACAACACAGCAGAGAAGAGCAUUCAAAGCAUCCUUUGAAGUGUCUUCCAAGCCCUGUAGGAAGGUCAGAGAAACACUAGCAGCUGAAACGGGACUUAGCGUGCGAGUUGUCCAGGUCUGGUUUCAGAACCAAAGAGCAAAGAUGAAGAAACUAGCACGAAGGCAUCAGCAGCAGCAGGAGCAGCAGAACUCGCAGCGCCUGGGCCAAGAAGUGAUGUCCAACCGGAUGGAAGGGAUGAUGACAUCGUACACGCCGCUGGCACCGCCGCAGCAGCAGAUUGUAGCGAUGGAUCAAAGCAGUUAUGGCACAGACCCCUUCCAGCAAGGUCUCACCCCUCCACAGAUGCCGGGAGACCACAUGAACCCUUAUGGGAACGACUCCAUUUUUCAUGAUAUUGACAGCGAUACCUCUUUAACUAGUUUGAGCGACUGUUUUCUUGCCUCCUCAGAAGUUAACUCCAUGCAGGCUAGAGUAGGAAAUCCCAUUGACAGGCUGUACUCUAUGCAGAGCUCAUAUUUCGCCUCAUGAAAAUAAAAGAAAAACAAGAGCCGGCAUAUCUUUAGCCAGUGACUUUUUCCAGUGCAGACUCUACAGCCAUAUGUCGUCCAGCUCUUCCUUCACAGUGACUCCGCUGCCUUUGGACUGCCAACAGCCUUUCUAGGAAGACUGUAUAUUAAACAAAGCGUUCAGCCACCACCCGCCCCUCGCCCUCACUUGCCCAGCUCGCACCAGGCCAAGAGGAAAGUGUGGAAAGAACGAAGACCCAGCUCUCCAGCCACCUUUGGUUUGGCUGGCUUUGAGCUCAUCGUUUUAAAGGAAAUGGAUUUUGCCCAAAGCCAGACCUUUUCCCUCCUUUCUUUCUUCUUUUCUUUUGGAUGUUUAAGCAUUUUUUAGGAAGCCGCUGAAACCAACAUCAGUCAACCAUAUGACAAAUAAAUCAAGGAAACUGGA